UGGCUGAGUUCGGGUUGGUUUGCAUCGCACCAAUUAUCUUGAAACUUAUUGAUAUAGAAAUAUCUAAACCUUUUGCAAGGAAUGAAAUCCCAUACGAUCAAAUUUGUGCUUUCAAAUUCUCUGAAAAUAAUUCAGGAAGUCUGAAGAAAAUGGACAGCUUUAUUUAAAAAAUGUACCAGCAUACCAGCACCCUUAAUUUCGCGGGCUGGAAUUGUUAUUCUUGGAAUUUCGACAACAGACAAAGAGUCACAAAAUGGCCUUAUUACUAAAAUACAAGUAUGAAGGCCCAUAUCAUGCUUCUGAUCUGGCUAAAUGGUUUCAUUCCUCACCGCAUAAGGAUCUGCAGUUAGACGAUACCACCACGAUAUUUACUCCAUCAGAUCAAAACUAUCUCCAGGCUCUGUAUGUCUUGGCAAUAUUCAUAUCAUCAUUUGGGGUCCUCAUCUUCCUUCUUAUCUUAAUGUACUACACCUGUUGUUUCUGUAUUUGCCGUAAACGAAAGAGAACAAGUGACAAACAGUCUUCAUGCUGUUCUAAAGGCUGUUUGCAACUGCUAGUCUUCAUUUUGGCAUUAAUUUGUUGCGGUGCUCUUGUGGUUGGAUUUUUUUUCAAUGAGAAUAUCAGUGAUGGUGUUGAUCAGUUUCGAAACUCUUGUAGCAACAUUCAGGAUGAUAUAAAUGCUGCCUUUAAUAGUGGUCAAAACAUUGAAAAACAUUUAUCCUCAGCCAAUAGCACCAUCCAGCACUAUUUUCCAGAGCCACAGCAUUAUGAAGCCAUUGAGUUUAUUAAUCAGUUAAAGAAUGAUCUCAGUCUUGUAAAGAGUGUUCUGCCUCAGAAUGUUGUGAACAAGAGUUGCAAUGCUGCAGAUAAAGUCCAUCAUUAUGAUAACUACAGAUGGCUUGGUACAGUCAUUUUAUUGUCCUGGUGUAUCCUGUUUUGCAUAUUCCUAUUCUGGAUUGCCUGUGAAGCUAAUCGUUGCAUUUUAGUUGUGGUAGCUAUUUCUUGCCUUCUCACAGUUUUAUGUGCAAUGGCAGUUGUUGGGGUAGACUUUGGUAUAGCAACUGGUAUGGGGGACUUCUGUGUCCAUCCAAACAAAGCUAUACAAAAAGUUGAUUCAGGAAAAUCAAAAUAUGUAAUUUCAUACUACUUAAAAUGUGAUGAAAAAUCAACGUAUGGUCCCUUUGAUCAAUACUUUGAAGACCUGAAUGGUACAUUGGAGCGACUAAUUAUCCUUAUUGGGAAAACGCCUGUCGAAGAGGAAAUAAAAGAUUUGAUUCUUAAUAAUUUAAAUAAUACAAAGAAUGACCUCCCCUUCUUUGAAGCUAAAUUCGCCUGCAGGGGUAUCCACAAGGAAUAUAUGAAAGCAAUGGAUGGGUUGUGUGGCACUGCUCUCAACAGUCUUGGUGUUGUAAUUCUGUCAGUUUUCAUCAUCGCAAUUUUCUCCGGCCUUCUCUCUUGCUUCGUCUGUCCCUUGUGGAAACAGAGUCGACCAAGUCCAACAAUGUACAACGACAUAAGAGGCUCGCAAGAUGAUGUUGGGAACGCUGUGUUGUGGUGGCCCCACGAUGUCGAUGCUGAAUCUGAGCAGUCAUUUUAUCAACGUCAUGGUGAACGAACUCCAUUGCUUGUUGAACGUCCACACACAAACUAUGAAUCUCGAGAUCAUCCGAACGAAAACAUUGUUCAAGUUGAUUACUAUGGCGGUGAGACCAGGGUCGAUGAAUAUGAACGGCAGUCCAACAUAAACAAUCGACACAGUUUUUAAAUUGUGUUCAAUUCUAAUGUCUUGUGCAGGACGUAAAACCUUUUGAUGAGCCUGAAACUCGAAAAAGAAUGAAACUUGUAUUUUGUACGUAUAUGUAUAGCUAUUUGGUGUUCCUGUGAGGUUCCUGUGAGGUUCCUGUGCAGUCCCUGAAGAGAGUGAGUUCUAAGGGAGGUUUAGAAGAACUGUCUAGGGUUCUCAGAACUAUAAUGAUAUCUGCAUUGAAAUGUAAAAGUAAAGCUCUUUUCUGCUGAAAUAUGUAAGCAUUGUGAUACAAACCUUGAAAGUUUUGGUUAAAACAUGCAGAACAAAAUGAGUCUGUGAAAUUUCCACCUUAUCGCGAAAUUAUCAUCUGAAGCUGCAGUUAAUCUGGUAAUGAUUUUGCAACAGAAUCAAAAUAUCACGAACUUUUGUUUCAGUCUUUAUUUAGGACUUAAGAUGCUCAUCUUCGAGUCAUGUUUUGUUCUGUAUUUUGUAAAAAUAAAAAACCCAAAUUUAUAUCAUUUUUGACUCUAAAUUUUUCAGUUUCUAUCCAUUUGUGUCAGAUUCAAUCAAGAUACCUUCAUUAUACAAUAAAAGCAUUCUUAUUAGCCGCAUUUUAAUAAUCAAUGCUGGAGAAAAGUGAAUGCGUUUAAUGUUUAAUGCUCUUAUGUCAACGAAUCUUUGGUUAUACUCGGACAUUGAGACGACAUUUUACAUCCUGAGCUUUGAAAAUUCAACAGAAAAGUCGUAAAGCGUCAAACGCCAGAUGAGGUUGGACCUUUUGUCGUUUAUCUUUCUCCAGCUGAUUUUCAGCAAAUUCACCAUCGCUCUAAAUAACUCAACAACGAACAACGCAAAUGUGAAUAAUCAUAUUUCAGUUUUCUGGACCGGAUUCGAAGCAGAAGAUUCAAAAGCACGCUUGUUUAAACUUGCGGGUCUGUUAGGAAUCCUAGCCCUAACCACAAGUUUAGUCUGUUGUUGUGUAUGCAGCUUCAGAAAAUCUCGCCGAAGACGUAAAUGGGUUCUUGUUGAAAGAGUUGGGAUAAACGAUGAAGACUUCUUGCUUCCAGAACAGCACGAUAAUCGUGGAAUGCAGAUGACCGACUUAAGAAACGAACGUAAAAGACUAGCUUUGUAAAACUUCUAGUACCAUUAGCGAUGUUAAUUUCAUUCUUUUCGGGAAAUUUUUGCCCACUGACUUUGCCGAAAAGAAAGAUAAACAUCCGCGCCAUUAUUGAAGUUUGAAUUCGUUUAUCCCGUUCCGACAGAAGCAAUCAAAGCUAAUUUAAACAGAAAAACUCAUUUUGGUGCAAGUAAAAAAAACAUUUCAUUUCCCCCGACAUUGUCUGCAUUUCAUGUUUUCACUUAAACUUGGUAAUCGGCGUUGAAAUUUAAACCAUAAUUGCAAACAGACGGAAGAACCUUUUAUCAUUUUUCGAUUUCCGUUUCUUUUCAAAGUUUAGUUUGGAAAAGGAAGCCUAAUUUUUCAGUAAACAAGUAAAUACCUUUGCAUGGUGAAGCAAUUCGAGUCAAACCGAAAUCCGUUCUUGCAAAACAGCAAGUAAAUAUUCAGAAACAGCUCCGAUGGAAUGCCAAUAAAAUUUAAAAAGUCUGCACGUAGGCGAGUCCAUGCAAAGGCGUGUGCAUGCAUCUUACAGAGCGUCUGAGAUUGUGUACCCACUUAUCACGUAAGAAUUCCGCCUCGCAGGCAAAAAAAUGGCUGAUUCAUUUAAGUGAUAAACGAUAAAUCAUCUCGACGUAACCUUCCCUGACGAGAAUUUGAAGGCUUGCAAUUUACGAGCGAAAAAAUGUCUGUGUCAUCUGAGAAUUACCACAAUGCAGUUAUAUAAUGCUUUAAUUAUAAUGAAUUAUCUACAUGCCAUCAACCCUCUAAUCUUUUGAAAUAUUAUACGUAUGAGUAAAGUUCAAAUUCCAGUUGAAGUGUUGUGGGAAAA